GUUCGAAUCUCAUUACUCUCCCCCCGUUUCGUCGUCUUCCACUCCGUUGGAGACUCCGCUCGCUCGAUGGAGAGCUUCGCCAUCGGCCGGCCUCUCCCCUCCUCUCUCUCCGGCGCCUCUCUCCUCCGCCGCUUCCCCGUCUCCUCCCUCCCGCCACCAUCAGCUGCGCCCCUCUCCCUCCACCGCCGUCCCAUCUCCCCCCUCCGCUCCCCCCUCCGCCCCGUCCCCCUCCCCUUCCCCCGCCGCCAAAAUCCCUCCCUUUCCGCCGUCCGCGCCGCUUCCUCGUCUGAGGAAACCCCGAAACCCUCUUCCCCCCCGCCGCCAGCGCCGCCGCAGGGGGCGAAGCUCGUUCCCCUAGCGAUCUCCCUCGCCAUCGGCCUCGCCGUCCGCUUCCUCGUCCCCCGGCCCAUCGAGGUCACCUCUCAGGCCUGGCAGCUCCUAGCCAUCUUCCUCUCGACCAUUGCGGGCCUCGUCCUGAGCCCGCUGCCGGUGGGCGCUUGGGCCUUCCUCGGCCUCACCGCCUCGGUUGUCACCAAAACGUUAAGUUUCUCCGCAGCAUUCGGGGCCUUCACGAACGAAGUGAUCUGGCUGAUCGUGAUCUCCUUCUUCUUCGCGAGGGGUUUCGUGAAGACCGGGCUUGGGGAUAGGAUUGCCACCUACUUUGUGAAGUGGCUGGGGAGGAGCACGUUGGGGCUGUCGUAUGGUCUCACGAUCAGUGAGGCUUUAAUUGCUCCGGCGAUGCCCAGCACUACUGCCAGGGCCGGCGGUGUGUUCCUUCCGAUCAUCAAGUCGCUGUCGCUCUCAGCCGGGAGCCGGCCAGGGGAUUCUUCGUCCAAGAAGCUCGGGUCCUAUCUGGUCAUGUCUCAGUUCCAGUCAGCUUGUAACUCAAGUGCCCUUUUCCUAACUGCUGCAGCUCAAAACCUCUUAUGCCUUAAAUUAGCUGAAGAACUUGGGGUUAGGCUUGCAAGUCCAUGGGUAUCAUGGUUCAAGGCUGCAAGUUUACCUGCCAUCAUUUCUCUUCUAGCUACUCCAUAUAUCUUAUACAAGAUCUUUGCCCCACAAGUCAAAGAUACACCAGAUGCACCUGCUUUGGCUACAAAAAAACUGGAGCAGAUGGGGCCUGUAACAAGGAAUGAAUGGGUCAUGGUUAGUACCAUGGGUCUUGCAGUUUCUUUAUGGGUUUUCGGUGAGGCUCUUGGUAUAGCAAGUGUUGUUGCAGCAAUGUUUGGCUUAUCUAUCCUUCUGCUUCUGGGUGUUCUGGAUUGGGAUGAUUGCCUAUCUGAAAAGUCUGCAUGGGAUACUUUAGCUUGGUUUGCAGUCCUAGUUGGAAUGGCUGGCCAACUUACAAAUCUUGGGAUAGUGACAUGGAUGUCUAGUUGCGUGGCCAAGUUUCUUCAGGCUUUCUCACUGAGCUGGCCAGCUUCAUUCUGUGUUCUCCAGGCAUCCUACUUUCUCAUCCACUACCUAUUCGCAAGUCAGACUGGGCAUGUGGGAGCCUUGUACUCGGCAUUUCUUGCCAUGCACUUGGCAGCUGGUGUUCCUGGUGUGUUGGCAGCACUGGCCUUGGCCUUCAAUACAAAUCUUUUUGGCGCAUUAACACAUUAUAGCAGUGGUCAGGCAGCUGUAUACUAUGGAGCUGGAUUUGUAGAGCUUCCUGAUGUAUUCAGGCUGGGCUUUAUGACAGCCAUGAUUAAUGCUUUGAUCUGGGGAGCUGUUGGAACGUUCUGGUGGAAAUUUUUGGGGCUGUACUGAGGAUGGAGAUACUGUAAGUUAAGUUUUUCUCUUUGGCAAUGAAAGGAUUUUUUUCCAUAAUUUAUUCUGGAAGCAUUUAUAUCUUCUUUCUACAGCCUUCAAAGUUUUGAUGAAGAGAGUGAGUCCCAUCAUCAUGCUUCCAAGAUGAUUGGCAUUGGUAUCUAUACUUCAAUUAUUUUUUUUUGUCAUUCCAUGGAUUUUCUUUCCCAUUUCUGUACACACUGUCAUUUUUGGCAAUGUUUAUUGUUGCUCUAUUAGAUAUUUUUACCUUGAUAAGAACAAGUUUUUUAACAUCUGGAUUGUUAAUGGGAAACUUUCAGUGGGUGUUUGCUUUGCAUUUUAAUUCUAGUGGCAAUCCCUUAAUUCUAAUCUGUUACUUGUUAUGUGCUAGACCGACUUAAUUCAGGUAUGUCUUUUGAUCAACUUUGUUCUUGUUUCAUUUAUACAUGAGAGGGCAAUUGAUGACCUCUAAACUGAGAGGAUGAAUGAAUCAUGUUUAUUUAAGAAAUAAGUAAUAUCCUUCACUACAUCACUAUUCUGUUUAUGUAUGGCUUCCUGUGAUGCAGCUCCACAUAAAAAAAUGGAAAAAAUGAACGAUUGACAUAUUGGAAAAAAGGAAAAUAAGAGAACAAUUGAAUAAUGAGUUUUAUAUGGGGAGAACUCGAAAAUCAAAAAUUAAUGUGUGCGCAUAUGAUUCCUGUCAUAAAUUGUGUGGAUUAGAUGCUUCCAUAAAUGAGUCAUAGUGGAAUAAGUUUGUAAAUUGCCCCAGGCAGUAUUUAACUUAGUUUGACUAGAUGAUAAUUUUCAUAGGUUCAUGCCAUGAUUAGUCCCAAUAUGCUACAUUUCAUUUUGACACAGCAUGAUACACUGGAUGCACCAAUCUAGGCAGAUACAGAGUAGAACUCCAGAAAAUCACUUGAAAAUAAAUAAGUCGCGGUGAUAGUUUAACAAUAUGUUGGUUUAGCUUUCAGGCAAUUAGAAUAAAGAAAUAUAUAAUAUUUGGUUUUCAUACUUCAAUAAUAAUGUGAGAAAAAUAUAAGUGAUAAUAACAAUAGAAAAAGGCUGGUCAAGGAUAUUUA